AUGCUACCGUGCUCCGCAGACCACCGAGGCUUAUGCAGGGCCUCAUCAGCUGGUUACCUCUCUCUGUUACUCUUCUCAGUCUUCGUUACCAUUUCCGCUGCUUGCUCCAAUGGCGCUUGCCAGGUUCUAGAAGCUUGUGCAGCAGCCACAGACUGUGGGCCAGGUCUUUACUGUGGCAACUGCCCUGCUUCGGGCAAGAAUCAACCCGUCUGUACCAGAGGCCAAGCAACCGCACCCACUUCAAUUAUUAAUGGGUUGCCUUUCAACAAGUACACAUGGUUGGUGACUCAUAACUCUUUCAGCAUCGUUGAUGCACCGCCUUUGCCCGGUGUUCAAAGACUGACAUUUUUCAAUCAAGAAGACACUGUUACUAAUCAGUUAAGGAAUGGAGUGAGGGGACUGAUGUUGGAUGUGUACGAUUUCGAGAACGAUAUCUGGCUUUGCCAUUCUUUUCGGGGGCAAUGUUUCAACUUCACUGCAUUUCAACCUGCAAUUAACACUUUGACAGAAGUGGAAGCAUUUUUAAGUCAGAACCCAACAGAGAUUGUGACCAUUAUACUGGAGGACUAUGUGAAAGCUCCAAAAGGAUUAACAACAUUAUUUACUAAGGCUGGGUUAGACAAGUAUUGGUUUCCUGUAUCCAAAAUGCCGAGGAAGGGUGAAGAUUGGCCCACUGUGACUGAGAUGGUGCAAGAGAACCACCGCCUUCUUGUUUUCACCUCUGAUGGUUCAAAGGAAGCACUAGAAGGAAUAGCUUAUCAAUGGAAGUAUAUGGUGGAAAACGAAUCUGGAGAUCCUGGGGUCAAACCAGGCUCAUGCCCAAAGAGAAAAGAAUCAAAGCCACUUAAUUCAAAAAGUGUGUCUCUUUUCUUCCAAAAUUAUUUCCCAACAUAUCCAGUUGAAGCUGAAGCUUGCAAAGAGCAUUCAACUUCACUUGAGGAGAUGGUUGGUACCUGUUACAAAGCAGCAGGGACGAUGCCAAAUUUUUUGGCAGUCAACUUUUACAUGAGGAGUGAUGGAGUAGGUGUGUUUGAUGCUGUUGAUAGAAUGAAUGGCCGGACACUUUGUGGGUGUAGUACUGUCAGUGCCUGCCAGGCUGGAGCACCUUUUGGAUCUUGCAAGAAUGUUUCCAUACCAACUAGAAGUCCAGUGACCAAUAAUGCAGGAAGCUUUACUGGCUCUGUUCAGUUUGCAAGUUCUGCGUCAACAGUCUAUUCUCCGAAUCGCUUGAAUUAUGGAGUUGCAGAGGCAUCGGCAGUAGAUAGUGACCGUGAAGGACCAAGAAUGUACCAGGAAUCAGUUCAGGGAAUGGCGUGUGCGUAG